UUUGACUACCCCAAUUCCCGAUGCGUCGACUGUCUCUGCAACUAAAGUCCGAACCUCGUGGUCGGAGGCGGGACUUGAUCGUUGACGCCAAUGGCGGGAGCAUCCUCACGCUGCAUAUUCUGUCAAAUUGCCCUGUCUUCCACUUCCACCACUCUUCUCCACUCCGAUGAGAGGGUUGUGGCAUUUGAAGACAUUAAUCCGUCCGCGUUCAGGCAUUACUUGGUUGUUCCUGUGGAGCACAUUUCAACUGUCCAUGAUCUCCAAAGGAGAACUGAAGACUAUUCGCUGGUAAGCCACAUGUUAAAUGUGGGGCAAACUCUAUUACGCAGGGAUGCACCUCAAUGCGAGAAGUACAGGUUUGGCUUUCAUCAGCCUCCAUUGAACUCUGUUAACCAUCUACAUCUACACUGUUUGGCACUUCCUUUCACACCCAGAUGGAAACAUAUGAAAUACUUAUCUUUGGGACGGCUUGGCGGAUUUAUUGAAGCCGAGAAGCUGUUGGAGAAGAUAAAGCCAUUAUCUCUGAUCCCUUCAUAGAUGCAGCUGUUACACUUGUCUUAGCAUGGACUAUUGAACUCAUAAUCUCUUUUUACCAAUGGGGUGAACUUUUCACCAAGGAAUCAAUCAUUUGAGGUGCUUCUGGUUAUAAUACCACCAUGAUCUACAAGUCCUUAUUGUAUUGCUGUUAUAGGGAGAAAGGAAGAUAAAGAGAGUGAAGAAAGAGAAAACGAAGAAGAAUGAAUGAGGAAGAAUAAGAAAGGGGGAGGGAGGGAUUGAGGGAGAAGAGGCUGUGCGCUUCAGAGGGAGAGGAGAAACACAACGGGGAAAAUUCCGAAUUCAAUUCAACUGGAAAAACAAACCCCAGGAUGCAGCUACAAAUGUGUUUAUACCCUAUAGUUAAACACAUAAUUAACAAUAACCCCAACAUAACAUAAAUAUACUGAACUAUAAAGUCUUAUAAAUCUACAUGUAAAAUAUGUAUGCCGAAUAGACGGCCCAAAUAAUGAUGGCAGUCCUCUUCCCAAUGGGCUGAAAUCAUUAAAAGACCUUUUUGAGAAUUAUGUAAAAAUAAAGUUGACUGAUUUGAAAUGCAUGUAAAGACCAUAUAAGGUUAGCAAAAGUAUGUGUGGUAUUAUACCUUCAGUUUGUCA